AUGGUCCCGACUCUGUCACAUUCAGUCCUCCACCACCUGGUGACGUCACAGAAGGACGGGAUCUGACUGUGAACUGUUCUGCUGACUGUAAUCCACCAUGUAACUACUCCUGGACACUGGGAACUCAGCAAAUCUCAUCAAGCUCUCUGUUAACACUGACAUACAUCAACAGGACCCAGGCAGGAGUAUACACGUGUACAGCGAACAAUACUUUUAUACCAAAAUCGAAAAGUAAACACUUCAAUCUGACAGUUUUCUAUCCACCCAGUGAAGCUCCAGUUAUUACAGGAACAGUAUUCCCUGUGUUUGAGGGUGACGUCAUAACACUGCACUGUUCUACAACAGGUGGAAACCCGAAACCAACUCUGACUUGGUCAUGUUCUGGAGGAUCUACUUCUUGUUCUAACACUGACAGUGGAGAAACCAGAACCUGUACAAUAUCAUUUACAGCCAACAGAAGUCAGAAUAACGUAGACUGUGUGUGUACUCCAUCCUGGCAGUAUGGUGGAUACACUGAGAGUAAAUCCAGAAAGAUGAUUAUUUACUAUCCUCCUGGCACACCGAGUUUGUCUCCGAAUUCAUCACAUCCAUGGCUUGAAGACAGAACAGGUUCACUGAUUUGUUCUUUACCAAGUGGACAUCAAGGAAGCUUAGAGGCUACCUUUCACUGGAUUAGAAAUAACAAUGAUAUAGAACACACAGGAUUCAACUACAUGUUCACACCAUCAAAGGAAGACAACGGAGACGAGUACAAGUGUACAGCUGGGAAUCUCUUCACAGACAGAGACGGACAAUCGAGACCUGUGUCUAACACAGUGCAGCUCAAUGUGUACUGUAAGUAUCACUAUUUUAGUCUCUAGUAUAUUAGUAUGUAAUAUGUUAGUAUGUAGUAGUAAUGGAGACGAGUACAAGUGUACAGCUGGGAAUAACUU